AUGCGUCACACGACGGCCGAGCGGGUCAUCGUGCCGCGGCCACUCCCCGCGCCACCCCGACAGCCGCGAUUCGAGACUUUCCUUCGAGGGCUAGUUGCGGAUUGCUUCUGUGGGAUUUUCCUCCCUCAGCUUGCAGAUAAGGACCAAGAUCGCUUAUUUCUAAGCGCGGGCGCACCACAAGAUGGAAACCGGUCACCUCGAAUGGAUCAUUUACUGUGCCUAUUUAAUAUAGCCGAUUCCCAAUGA